AUGUGGUCAUUUCGGACCAGUGAGAGCGGGAGUGCUACAGCCCACUUCUUCCUUGGAGCUGGAGAUGAGGGGCUGGGCACCCGUCAUCGAAUAGGCAUGAGGACAGAAGACAGUGACAGCGAGCUCCUCGAGGAUGAGGAGGAUGAAAUGCCUCCUGAACCUCAGAUCAUUGUUGGCAUCUGUGCUAUGACGAAGAAAUCCAAGUCCAAACCAAUGACCCAAAUCCUAGAGAGACUCUGCAGAUUUGACUACCUGACUGUUAUUAUCCUGGGAGAAGAUGUGAUCCUCAAUGAACCUGUGGAAAACUGGCCAUCCUGCCACUGCCUCAUUUCUUUCCACUCCAAAGGCUUUCCUCUGGACAAAGCCGUUGCUUACUCCAAGCUUCGAAACCCCUUUCUUAUCAAUGACCUGGCCAUGCAGUAUUACAUCCAGGAUAGGAGGGAGGUGUACCGGAUCCUGCAGGAGGAGGGUAUUGAUCUGCCUCGAUAUGCUGUGCUCAACCGUGACCCUGCCAGGCCUGAGGAGUGCAACCUGAUAGAAGGCGAAGACCAGGUAGAGGUGAAUGGGGCUGUCUUUCCCAAGCCCUUUGUGGAGAAGCCCGUGAGUGCCGAGGACCACAAUGUCUACAUCUACUACCCCAGCUCUGCUGGAGGGGGAAGCCAGCGCCUCUUUCGGAAGAUUGGCAGCCGAAGCAGCGUUUAUUCUCCUGAGAGCAGCGUCCGAAAGACAGGGUCAUACAUCUAUGAGGAGUUUAUGCCAACAGAUGGCACAGAUGUCAAGGUAUAUACAGUGGGGCCAGAUUAUGCCCAUGCUGAAGCCAGAAAAUCUCCAGCUUUGGAUGGGAAGGUCGAACGAGACAGUGAAGGAAAAGAGAUUCGAUAUCCGGUCAUGCUGACUGCCAUGGAAAAGCUGGUGGCCAGGAAAGUCUGUGUAGCUUUUAAGCAAACAGUGUGUGGUUUUGACCUUCUUCGUGCCAACGGUCAUUCCUUUGUAUGUGAUGUCAAUGGCUUCAGUUUUGUCAAGAAUUCGAUGAAAUACUACGAUGACUGUGCCAAGAUUCUGGGGAACACCAUAAUGCGAGAACUUGCCCCACAGUUCCAGAUCCCGUGGUCCAUCCCCACAGAGGCCGAGGACAUUCCCAUUGUCCCUACCACAUCUGGCACUAUGAUGGAACUUCGUUGUGUCAUUGCGAUUAUUCGUCAUGGGGAUCGUACCCCCAAGCAGAAGAUGAAGAUGGAAGUGACACACCCAAGGUUUUUUAGCCUGUUCGAAAAGCAUGGUGGUUACAAGACAGGGAAAUUAAAACUAAAGAGGCCCGAACAGCUGCAGGAGGUGCUGGACAUUGCAAGGCUGCUGUUGGCUGAACUGGAGAAAGAACCCGGGGGUGAGAUCGAGGAGAAGACGGGGAAACUAGAGCAGCUGAAGUCUGUGCUGGAAAUGUAUGGUCACUUCUCAGGCAUCAACCGGAAGGUGCAGUUGACUUAUUAUCCUCAUGGAGUAAAAGCUUCUAAUGAGGGCCAAGUAGACCCACAGCAGGAGACUGUAGCUCCAUCUCUCUUGCUGGUACUAAAGUGGGGUGGAGAACUGACUCCUGCUGGUCGUGUUCAGGCUGAGGAGCUGGGGAGAGCUUUUCGCUGCAUGUACCCUGGAGGACAGGGUGACUAUGCUGGCUUCCCUGGCUGUGGGCUGCUUCGGCUUCAUAGCACUUUCCGCCAUGAUCUCAAGAUCUAUGCAUCUGACGAGGGCCGCGUCCAGAUGACUGCCGCUGCCUUUGCCAAGGGCCUUUUGGCUCUAGAAGGGGAGCUGACACCCAUUCUGGUACAAAUGGUGAAGAGUGCCAACAUGAACGGGCUCCUGGACAGUGACGGUGAUUCCUUGAGCAGCUGCCAGCACCGAGUGAAGGCUCAACUUCACCACAUUUUGCAGCGGGAUGCACCCUUUGACCCUGAGGAUUAUGAUCAGCUGGCUCCCACUGGAAGCGCUUCCCUACACAACUCCAUGGCUGUCAUUCAGAAUCCUGUAAAGGUCUGUGAUCAGGUAUUUGCCCUGAUUGAAAACCUUACUCACCAGAUCCAGGAACGGAUGCAGGAUCCCAGAUCUGUAGAUUUGCAACUCUACCAUAGUGAGACACUAGAGCUAAUGCUACAGCGUUGGAGCAAGCUGGAGCGUGACUUUCGACAGAAGAGUGGACGCUAUGAUAUCAGUAAGAUCCCUGACAUCUAUGACUGUGUCAAGUAUGAUGUGCAGCACAAUGCGAGCCUGGGACUUCAAGGCACAGCAGAGUUGCUACGUCUCUCUAAGGCAUUGGCUGAUGUGGUCAUUCCCCAGGAGUACGGGAUCAGUCGGGAGGAGAAACUGGAAAUUGCCGUGGGCUUCUGUCUUCCACUGUUGCGGAAGAUACUACUUGACCUGCAGAGAACCCACGAGGAUGAGUCUGUCAACAAGCUGCAUCCCCUGUAUUCCCGAGGAGUGCUCUCCCCAGGCCGCCACGUCCGAACACGUCUCUAUUUCACCAGUGAAAGCCAUGUCCACUCCCUGCUCAAUGUCUUCCGUUACGGGGGACUUCUGGAUGAAACGAAGGAUGCACAAUGGCAGCGAGCUUUGGCUUACCUUAGUGCCAUCUCGGAGCUCAACUACAUGACCCAGAUCGUCAUCAUGCUAUAUGAGGACAACACACAGGAUCCCUUAUCAGAGGAGCGAUUCCAUGUGGAGCUGCACUUCAGCCCCGGAGUGAAAGGUGUCGAGGAAGAAGGCAGUGCACCCACUGGCUAUGGAUUCCGUCCAGCCUCCUCUGAGAAUGAGGAGAUAAAAACCGACCAGGGCAGCAUGGAGAACCUGUGCCCACAGAAGGCAUCAGAUGAGCCAGACCGUGCACUGCAGACUUCACCCCAGCCCUCUGAGGGUCCUGGCCUCCCAAGGAGAUCACCCCUCAUUCGUAACCGAAAAGCUGGCUCCAUGGAGGUGCUUUCCGAGACUUCAUCUUCCAGGCCUGGUGGCUACCGGCUCUUUCUGUCUUCACGGCCACCUACGGAGAUGAAGCAGAGUGGCCUAGGCUCACAGUGCACAGGGCUAUUCAGCACCACAGUGCUGGGUGGCUCCUCCAGCGCCCCGAAUCUUCAGGACUACGCCCGCAGCCAUGGCAAAAAGCUACCGCCUGCCAGUCUGAAGCAUCGAGAUGGAUUUGAAGGGUGCUCCAUGGUGCCUACCAUCUACCCCCUAGAAACACUGCAUAAUGCCCUUUCCCUGCGUCAAGUAAGUGAAUUCUUGAGUGGAGUCUGCCAGCGCCACACUGAUGCCCAAGCACAGGCAUCUGCAGCCCUCUUCGAUUCUAUGCACAGCAACCAGGCCUCCGACGGCACGUUUUCCCCACCCCGCACUCUUCCUUCGCCCACCAUGCAGCUCCGGCAGCGCUCUGAGAAGCCCCCUUGGUACAGCAGUGGCCCUUCCAGCACUGUGUCCAGUGCUGGUCCUUCCUCCCCUACUGCCGUGGAUGGGAAUUGCCCAUUUGGCUUCAGUGGUCAACCCUCCCUAAGUUCACACGUGUCUGAAGAAUGUCAAGGCCUUGGGCUGCGCCAAGAGAUCCCUGGGAAUGGAGCACAAGAGCUUUUCAUAGAAGGGGAGCAAAAGCCUUUUGAACCAAACCAGGUCCCACAGGAACCACCUGUGGAAACCAGCCAGCCAUGCCAGGAAGUUGCUGAGGUCAGCCAGCCAUGUCAUCAGGCCGCUGAUAUUAGCCAGCCGUGCCAGGAGGUCCCUGACAACAGCCAGCCAUGCAAGGAGACCCAUGAUGAUGUUAACCAGACAUGCCAGGAGGUCACUCAGAUCAACCAACUGUGCAAGAAAGUCUCUGAGGAAGCUUGCAAGCUUUUCCAGGAGAGCCCUGAGGAGGCCAGCCUGCCAUGCCAAGAGGUCUCUGUGGAAGUUGGCAGGCUGGUCCAUGGGUUUCCUGAAGGGGCUGGUGGCCUGAUCCAGGAAAUCCUUGUGGAAGUUGGCAAGCCAGCCCAAGAAAUCCCUGAGCAGCUCAGCCAGCCGUGCCAGGAGUUCUCUUUGGAGGUUGACAGACUGGCCCCAAAAGCUCCUGCAACCCAUCUCUUAUCUCAGGAUAUCCCUGAGGUUGAUACACCAUCCCAGGAGUUCCCAGAGGGGGGUGACCUUCAGGUUCAGGAGGGCCCUGAGGAGGUUAGUCAGCAGUCCUGUGUGGUCCCUGAGGUCAUCGAGCAGCUGCCUGGAGAGGAUGUUCCCCAAGUCCAGUAUCCAUCUAGUGAUCCAAACCCUCACUCAGAGCCAGUCUCUAGCCCAUGA